GAGUUCUCUUAAGUAAGGAAACCUUAGGAAAAUUCGAUUCAAAUGGGUGAAGAAAACACUUUUAAAAAGCUGAAGCGUAUCUUUAGUGGUAAAAGGUUCCAAGAUAGCUCGUGGUCAUGGGUCGUGUGUAUUUCGGCGGCUGUGUGUAAUGCAAUCAACCUUGGCUUUACACUCAGCUUUGGAGUUUUGUUCCCGGAGUUGAUGAGGCACUUUAAUGCCACAAGAGAAAGGACAGCCUGGGUUGGCUCCAUCGGCCUGGCCAUGGUUUGGUUUGCCAGUUUGCCGGCUGGAUAUUUGUGUGAUCACUUUGGAUGUCGCAUCACAUGUUUUAUGGGAGGAAUCAUGUGCAUUGCAGGUUUGGUAGCGACUUCGUUCGCCAAUAGCCUCACUCUGAUGUACUUUACUUACAGCUUGGUGUACGGUUUGGGGGCCUGCUUCAUUUUUAACUCUUACUAUCUCGCGGUUGGAAAGUAUUUCGACAAAAAACUCUCAGUAGCUGUUGGUAUAACUGCAUUGGGGUCGAGUGUAGGUGUCUUGUACACAGGCCCGUUACUUCAGGCUCUUUUGGACGCAUUUGGUUGGAGAAACACGUUUAGAAUAAUGACGGCAACCUUCGCUCUUGUUUGUAUUUUGAGUUUGAAUUUCAAUCCGUAUGUUGUAAAAAUGACAUCGUUGGUGGAUGUAGAAUUGGAAACAUUGGAACAACAAGUAGGAACUAAGGGUAGAAUAUCUUUUUACUGCAGCGUGUGGACAUAUCCUGUUUACACUUUUGUCGUCAUUUCUGUAUCGGUGGCAAGUUUUGGAAUGUUCAUUCCUCAAUUGAAUCUGGUCAAGUACUGUGAGGAUCUUGGGAUCACAGCGCAAAGUGCCUCUCGACUGUUUAUCUUCAUUGGCCUCACCUCAUCACUUGCACGAAUUCUGUCCGGAAAACUGUGCAACAGUCCAACGAUUAACCCAGUAUUUGUUUAUCAGUCGUCGCUGUUUAUGGGUGGUGUAUCUGUGCUCCUGUUACCUUACGCAACCAAAUAUUGGGCCUUAGUUGUAUUUAGCUGUGCAUAUGGAACAAGCGAUGGAAUUUUUAUAUCAACAGCGAAUUACAUCCCACUUAGCUGCGUGGAUGAAAAGAGAAAAACUGCUGCAUUUUGUAUCGAAUGCCUGCUUUAUUCAUUUUCAGUUGCGACUGGCGGGCCAAUCGCUGGUUUAAUGGCAGAUCAAACAGGAAACUAUAUCAGUUCGUUCAAAAUGACCGGUGGUGUUCUGAUGUUAGCAUUUGUUAUUCCCUUUGCAUUGAUUUUCAUCAACAGGAGAAAGUCUUCAAGUCAGUCUAACAGUGCCGGUCAAGAGAAGUUUGAGACGAGGAAGCAACAAACACUACUCCUAGAGCAAAUGUGA